GAUGUCCCGGCAGCUGUGUGCUACCUGCUCUCGCACCACCCACAGGAAGAAGAGGUCGUCCAGCGCUUCAUUAUGAAUGGCGACAGCUGCAGUGCAGGAACACAUCGCUGGGUGGUGCCGUUCCUGGCGGCCUUACCGUUUUGGUUCCGUGCUCUCCAGUGCUGCCGGCGAUGGGUGGAUACCAAGGAGCAACGACACCUGUGGAAUCUUGGGAAAUACCUUUGCAGCCUUAUGGUUGUUAUCGUCUCGCGCACCGAGAGCACGAUGCUGCUGGUUGCUGUCUCCACGACAGCCACAUUGUAUGCCUUCUUUUGGGACGUUGGCCUCGACUGGGGUCUCAGCUACAAAGAGCUUUGGCUCAGGUUCGACUUGACUGGCCGUCAAUUUCCGGUCAAGGCCUACUGGCUGUGCAGCUUGUUGGACAUCUUCGCCAGGUCCACAUGGGUGUUCACGCUGAUGCCCACGAGCGUCGUCACUGGUAACAUCGUGGUUCGUGUGAUCCUUGUGUCUGUGAUGUCGUCGAUUGAGAUCAUCCGACGGAGCAUGUGGGCAGUGCUGC